AUGGAUGCAACCGCAACUAUUGACUUCUUAAAUGAUGUGAAGUCUAAAUUAAGGAGAUCAGCAUCAGACCUAUCAAAAUGGAAACUUUAUAAUUCCGCGAGGUGGUCUUCUGAGGCUAUUUUGGGGAUGUGCGACAUCACUGACUUAUCAACCGUCAAUCCUUACAUGGAGGACGACGAAUCUCCUUUGAAGGGAAGGAAAGGUAUACCGGAUCCAGAAAAUAAUCGAAGAAACUCAGAUGACUUAGACAAUAUGACAGGUAAAGAAUACGACCUCUAUCUAUUAGCAAGCACUCUUUUUGAUUGUAAGGAAUUCGAUAGAUGCGCAUAUUACCUUACAGAUGCCGAUCAUCCAUGCUUGAAAUUCCUUCAACUGUAUAGCAAGUAUCUCUCUUGGGAUAAGAAGACUCAAGAAAAUCUCGAAAGCACCUUGGCGCUGGGAAAGUCUCGUGGCGGAGAAGAUGACGGUAACGAUAUCGAUGGGAAAAUUGCCAACAACGCAGGACUUAAGCGAUGUGAUAUUGACAGCGAUACGAAUAAUAAAUCCCAAAAAAUUAUUGAUAUUGGUAAUGGUGACACAACAAGCAUAUCGAUACUAAUAAAAGAUUUGAACAAAUUUCUAGAAUUACAUGAUAGUGAUACAAGUCUGGGAACUGCACUAUUAUAUUACUUGCGGGGCAUCCUUUAUAAAAGCCAAGACAUUAAUUCUACUGCUAUGACAUCCUUUCUCAAGUCAGUGACACUGUAUCCUCAUAAUUGGGCAUGUUGGUGGGAGCUUUUAAAUUGCUUGGCAAGACCAGAUGAAUCUUUGCUGCUGCUUAAAUUGCUGAAUGAAAAGUUUGGGAUGGACCAGCACAAUUCAGGCUCUACUAGUGGCCAAAUAAUGUUGAGGUUUUUCAAGCUUUCCUUAUUUCAAGAGUUUAGUGGCAACAUUGACGAUUUCAUUGAGGAACUGGAUUAUCUACUUAACAUAUUUCCAAAUUUUGCAUUCCUAAAAACACAGCACGCUCUCAUCAACUAUCAUUACAUGGAUUAUGUGAAUUCCGAAUUGAUAUUUGAUCAAAUAAUAAAACUCGACCCCUAUCGCCUGGAUGACCUCGAUGUUUAUUCCAAUAUCUUAUACGUGAUGCAAAAAUCAUCGAAACUUGCGUAUUUGGCACAAUUUGCAUCUGGAGUGGAUAGAUAUCGACCAGAAAGCUGUUGCAUUGUUGCCAACUAUUAUAGUGCGAAGCAAGAACAUGAGAAAUCAAUUAUGUAUUUUCGAAGAGCUCUUACUCUGAACAAAAGCUGCACUAGUGCAUGGACUUUAAUGGGCCAUGAAUUUGUCGAGUUGAAAAACUCUCAUGCCGCUAUAGAAUGCUAUCGCCGGGCAGUAGAUAUCAAUUCUCGAGAUUUUAAGGCUUGGUAUGGAUUAGGGCAAGCUUAUGAAGUAUUGGACAUGCAUCUUUAUUCGCUCUAUUACUUUCAGAAAGCAUGCUCCCUCAAGCCACUUGACAAGCGUAUGUGGCAAGCCCUGGCUAGCUGUUAUGAGAAAAUUGGAAACUCGGAAGAAUCCAUCAAGUGUUACGUCCGAGCGUUACAGCUUUCAAUCAAUAGUGACCAGGAUACUUCUAUUUUGUAUCGCCUAGCAUUACUUUACGAAAAAUUGAAGGACUCCGAAAACUGUGAAAACUAUAUGGUAAAGUGUGUUGAGGCAGAACAGAGCUCAGAUGGGCUUGUAACAGACGAAACUACAAAAGCUCGCCUUUGGCUCGCUAGAUACCAAGCUAAACAUAAAAAGUUUGCUGAGGCGUACAAUUAUGCAUUAGGAGUCACGCAUGGUACCUCUCAGGAAAUUGAAGAAGCAAGAUCCAUAGCGAGAGAGUGCCGAAGGAGGAUGGAGUAG